CGUAACUAUAAAAGUUCACAAGUUCGAAGUUCACGAGAAAGCAUUUCCGUUUUCCUGCAAAGAACUUUUGCUGUCUAUGCAAAGAACAAGCGUACCUGGGAAACAUGCAAAAAGCAAAAGUUACAAAAGUCAGCAUCACUUCUAAUUUAACAGAAGAGCAAAGGAAGCAGCUCUGUGACCUGCUGGGGAAUGUGGAACUGAGUCUUCUCUACAAAGCUUCAGUUCAUGGAUAUAAUGCUUCUGCCUUCCACAAGAGAUGUGAUCUUCAGGGUCCCACUUUACUCGUAGCCUACAAUCAUUCAGGCUACAUCUUUGGUGGAUACACUAGUGUGGACUAUGCUCAAAGUGGGCAGUACAUAACUGAUAAGGAGGCUUUCCUGUUCAGUGUUCACGGCAAUCAUUCCAUUCGCAUCAACGUUAACAGUGAAUAUAAAGCACGUCUCGAUGACGCUGGAGGGCCCAACUUUGGUCAACAGUUGUACUUUUGCUACAAGAACCAACCAGCUGUGUAUAGUCAAGAAUACUGCUGUAAAGGGAUGGUAAAAAUGAUUAUUGAUAAAACAUUCAGUUUUAAUCCUGCAACACUGUAUGGAAAUGACACUCAGCUGACUGAAUGUGAGGUGUACAAAGUAGAAGAUGACCCUGACGUCAGUGCAGAAGAGAAACCAUGGAGAAAUGUUCUAUGGACAGCUGAUCGAAGAGCAGAGCUCAUGGAAAUAAUCAGGAACCAUAAACCCCUGAUGAGGUCUGUGAGUCGUGUCCGAAUCCUAAUGAUCGGUCCUGUAGGAGCUGGAAAAUCCAGUUUCUUCAACUCCAUCAACUCCAUCUUCACUGGUCAUGUGACCAACAAAGCCAUGUCAGGAUCUGCAGGCACUAGUCUAACUGUGCAGUUUCGCACGUAUCCAGUGAAUGAUGGCCGUGAGGGAAAGCCAUUGCCAUUUGUGUUGUGUGACACCAUGGGACUCGAGGAGCAAUCAGGUGCAGGACUGGAUAUUGAGGACAUCAGCAGCAUUCUUCAAGGACACAUACCUGACCGCUAUAAAUUCAACCCCAUGGCGCCGUUUCAACCUGAUGAGCAGAAGUCCUCCAGACCUGCAUCUCUUCAGGAGAAGAUCCACUGUGUGGUGUAUGUGAUAGACAGCACCAAAAUCUCCCUCAUGUCUAACAAACUACAGGAAAAACUGGCUUCCAUACGCCGAAAAGUGAACUCCCUGGGCAUCGCUCAGAUCGUGUUGAUGACAAAAGUAGAUGAAGCAUGUCCUCUAGUGGAGGAAAAUCUUCAAAGUGUUUAUGUCAGUUCCUACAUCAAGUCGAAGGUGCAGGAGGUGAGCUCUGGGUUGGGUGUGCCGGUGUCUUGUGUGUUACCGGUGAAGAACUACAGUCAGGAGCUGGAGCUGGAGCUCAACUGUGACGUCCUGCUGCUCACCGCUCUACAGCAGAUGCUUCGCUUUGCAGAUGACUAUUUUGAUGAUAUACGUCCUGUUGAGGUUAACCCUAAAUAAUUAUUUUUUUCCCAGUUCUUGCGGCUGAGGCCAGAUUCAGAAAAGGCCAAAUCAAAAGCUCUUUGCAUCAUUUAAAUAACAUAAUGAAAGUCUCACAUUGGUCAUUUUCUUUUUAUAAGAUCUAACAUUUCAUUGAGCAAAAUGUAUUUUUAAAAUAUUUACUAUACAGUUACGUGAGUAUACUUUUAAUUUAUGUAAUUUGCCUCUAUAGUCUGAUGUUUAUUAAGGGAUUGUAAAUUCUUCACUUUUGUCAUGAUUUUUGGGCUUCUGUGACUUUAUGCUCAGUAAGAGGACUA